UUGUAACUUGGCAACGCUAGGUCUUCCUUCUUCUACGCAAACGCUCAGAAUUCUCUUUCAUGUCAGCUAUCCUCUAGCACUGACCAAGAAUCAUGGGUAAACCACGAGGAUUGCGCACUGCUCGCAAGCACGUGAACCAUCGUCGUGAACAGAGAUGGCACGACAAGGAAUACAAGAAGGCUCAUCUUGGUACCAGGUGGAAGGCCAAUCCCUUCGGAGGUGCCUCUCACGCCAAGGGAAUCGUCCUCGAAAAAGUUGGUGUUGAAGCCAAACAGCCCAACUCUGCUAUCCGCAAGUGUGUUCGUGUCCAGCUCAUCAAGAAUGGCAAGAAGAUCACAGCCUUCGUCCCCAAUGAUGGUUGCUUGACUUUCAUUGAAGAAAACGAUGAAGUCUUGGUUGCCGGAUUCGGUCGUAAAGGCCACGCCGUCGGUGAUAUUCCGGGUGUCCGCUUUAAGGUCGUUAAAGUUGCCAACGUCUCGCUUUUGGCGCUGUACAAGGAGAAGAAGGAAAGACCCCGUUCUUAAUCACUGUGUAUUUUUCUAA